UUUCAUGGAAAGUAAGUUAGGAAAGUCAAUGCUUUGGGCAUAUUUCAAAAUGGCUACUUUUCUCUGAUCUUCACUAUGAGAACUUGAUAGGAAUCCAGGACGUAAAAUUCAUAAAAGUGUAAGCCCCUCCCUAUGACUGAGCCCCUGUGGAUGUUUUCAUUCUUAAACUUGUUCACACUAGUCUCCAGCAAUUCAUGAAUUUCAGUUUGUUGUCCUAAUCUAGUGGUUCCUGAAAAUGUUUCUGUUUGUGGAUUUCUGCUCUGAUUCCGGCUCUAACAUUUGGGGGCUUGUCCUGGAUUUCCCACAGACCGCUGGAUAGAGCUCAGAGCAGAGGAAGGAGUGAAAAGCUCGGAACCCCCGACUAGCAGACUGGCAUAGGACCUAGGCGGAUGGGCCAGCGGGUCUCCCGGUUGGGGCCAGACAGAGAAGUCCUCUGGCCUCCUUGGAAACCCCACAGCUGACCUUGGAGGUUGAGGCUCAGUCAGAAGGGGACCAGGGAGUUAGGUCCAGACUAGGUGGGUCAUUGUUUUCCGUUUGUUCACUGUUGUCCGUUCGUCUGCUCAUUUUGUUGUUUGUUCCUCGAUUACUCGUGUCACCUGUGCGAUUGUGCCAGUCAGUUUGUUUUGUGUCUAGGAUUUCUUCUUUUCAGGAAUGGAACAAACCCUGACGAUGCCGUUGUCUAUCCUCGUGAGUCAUUUUAAGGAUGUGAGGACGAGGGCACAGGACCUGUCCUUGGAGGUUAAAAAGAGGAAGUUUAUCACCCUUUGUGAGGCGGAGUGGCCCACGUUUGGGGUGGGAUGGCCCAAGGAGGGUUCCUUUGACACCUCCCUCAUUGAAAAGGUAAAAGGGUGGCGUUUGGCCACCACGGCCAUCCCGACCAAAUUCCUUACAUUGUGAUCUGGCAGGAUUUGGUCCAGGACCCACCACCCUGGCUAAGGACACUCCUGCCUGCCCCUAAGGAAAAGGCUAAAAUCUUGGUCACCAAGGGAGUGAAGAAGGGCGGGAUACUGGCAGGACCCAUGACCCGCUGGGCCGCCCUAUGUUGGCACAACCCCUAUGUUGCCAUGCUCCAAUCUGUACCCAGUUUUAACAGACUUGGAGUGGAAUGCGCCCCCGCUCUAUAAUGCUGGGGUGGCCCAUGUGGCUCCCAUGGCCCUGGGGGAUGCAGAACCAGCAACAGGGGGACCAGCGGACUGGACGGACUCCAGAUCCGGAGCUUAUGAGGGCACUCCCCCUGAGAGCAGCGGGACCCACUGGACCAGAUGGGAAGCAGGCAUACCACUACUGGCCCUUCUCCACUAGUGACCUCUACAAUUGGAAAUCCCAAAAUGCAAAUUUUUCUGAAAGUCUGAGGGAUUUAAUUAACCUUUUAGACUCUGUCCUCUUCACUCACCAGCCCACUUGGGAUGACUGUCAACAGUUGCUUAAGGUAUUUUUUAUAACUGAAGAGAGAGAGAGGAUCCAAGUGGAAGCACGAAAGCUGGUUCCAGGAGAGGACAGCAGACCCACCGUCAAUCCCCGGGUCAUCAACCAGACCUUUCCUAUUGAACGGCCUCCCUGGGAUUACAAUGAUGUUGAAGGUAGGGAGUGUGUCCAGGUCUACCGCCAGACUCUGAUGGCCGGUCUCUGGGCAUCAGCACGGAAGCCAACCACUUUUGUUAAGGUAGGAGUUGUUCGUCAGGGGCCAGAGGAGAGCCCAUCCACAUAUCUAGAGAGGAUCAUGGAGGCUUUUCAGCAGUAUACUCCCAUAGAUCCUACUGCAGAAGGGAGCAAGGCAGCUGAUAUGAUGGCCUUUGUUAACCAGGCAGCCCCAGACACCAGGCGUAAGGUGCAGAAGAUAGAUAGGUUAUGUGACAAAACUCUGCAAGACUUCCUGGAAGUGGCAGAGAAAGUUUACAACAAUAGAGAGAUCCCUGAGGAAAAGUUAUAAAGGAUGAGGCUAGAGGAAAGGGAGUUCCAGGCAGGUGAAGCAUGUAAAGCAAACAGAGACAUGGCCAAGAUCCUACUCGCAGCUACGGGAGGAGGUCAGCUAGGGGCAAGAGGCCGAGAGUGACCCUGGAGGGAGAGGCUAGGCAAGGAUCUGUGUGUCAUUUGCAAGGAGCAUGGACAGUGGGCUAGGGACUGCCCCCAAAAGAAGGGGGGAAUAUAGAGCUGGAUCCUCUGAGAAGGUUGUGUUGCUGGGGCAAGUAAAGGAUAAAUAGGGGGGACGGGGUUUGUUUCUCCUCCCCAAGCCCAGGGUAACUUUACAAGUGGACGGGAGUCCAGUCAGCUUCCUGGUAGACAUGGGGACAGAACAUUCAGUGAUUACUGAGACCACUGGAAAACUGUCUAACAAGACUAGCUGGGUGCAGUGGGCAACUGGAACCAACCCCUACCCUUGGACUACCUGACGAAAGUUGGACUUAAGCUCAGGGGAAGUGAGUCAUGCUUUCAAGGUCAUUCCAGAGUGCCCCACCCCAUUAUUGGGGAGAGACAUACUCACAGAAUUAAAGGUCCAUAUUUACUUUGAAGAAAAAGGAAUAGUAAUAACUGAUGAUAAAGGCAAUCUUAUUAGCAGCCCCCGGGUCACUCGAAUGUUGACCUUGACAAAGGCAGAUGAGUAUAGACUGUACCUGGCCGUGAUGGGGCAGAAAAGGACAUGGAGCACUAGCUCCAUGAAUUUCCCAAAGCCUGGGCUGAAGCGGGGUGCAGGGUGGGCAAAGCAUCGGCCACCUCUCUAUAUUGAGUUAAAACCAAGGGCUGAGCCAGCUCGAGUUAGGCUAUACCCCAUGCCCCAGGAGGCCAGAGUGGGAAUAGUGCCCCACAUUCAAAGGGGCUGUACCGGGAUUCGCCGAAGGUGCCAGUCAUCCUGGAAUACUCCUUUGUUACCAGUAAAGAAAUCGAUGGAAAGGAUUAUCGGCCUGUGCAGGACCUCAGGAAGGUCAAUGCACGUGCCCUAGACAUCCACUCUACAGUUCCAAACCCCUACACCCUACUAAGCUCCUUUCUUCCAACGGGGAUUUGGUACACUGUCCUAGAUUUAAAGGAUACCUUUUUCAGCCUAGCCGUGGCCCGGUGCAGCCAAAAAAUAUUUGCCUUUGAGUGACAGGAUGAGGAGAGGGGAAUCCAGGGGCAGUUGACAUGGACAGGGCUUCCCCAGGGGUUCAAUAACUCACCCACUUUGUUCAAGGAGGCCCUCCAUGACAACUUGGGAGAGUACCGUGGCAACCACCAAGAGGUGACCCUGCUGCAGUAUGUGGAUGAUUUGCUACUAGCUGCACUAAACCCUCAGACCUGCCUGGAGGGCACCAAAGACCUACUCGAGGCACUGGGUGAAAUGGGAUAUCGAGCUAGUGCUAAAAUGGCCCGAAUUUGCAAAGAUGAAGUUACCUAUCUGGGCUAUAAGAUCAAGGGAGGCCAAAGGUGGCUAACCGAGGCAAUGAAACAGACUGUGCUAGGGAUACCCAC